AUGGCCACCAGCAUGGCCCAGCAUCCAUCGCUUUGGCUGCGAUUCAAACGGCGACUGCGGCGAUCAAGUUCGCUGCCACCGGCCAAAGCCAGUCAUCAUCCCGACCCCAACCAUCAUCAAAACACCCACCACCACAACUACUCCUCGGCCUCCCCUCCGCUACCUUCCCCCGCCGUGUCCGCGACCUCCGUGCCUCUUAUCUCUCGCAAGAACCCUGCCCAUCGCGUCGUGACUUCGUCUCCACAACACAGCCGGUUUUCUUCGGUUGAUGACGGAUCGGCCACGAAAAUUCCUCAGCUGAAGGAAGAGAGAGCACCGCCAGCCUCUCCGACAGAGAAUCCGCCUCGAGCGCCGUCGCGGCCCAAUUCCCCGGACGCUGCAGCUUCCAGGCACGAGGAACCGCGGGACACGAACGUUGUCGCAUCUGAACCCGAUCGCCACCCUUCCGAGCUGGUCGAUUCCCCACCGCCGUCCUCUGGGUCAACCGAGCUGCCAACCUCGCUCGCCGCAGACCGUCCGCCGACGUCAAGUCUUCUCAAACCUACACCCUACGAACCUACCCCUCCUCGAGGACGGGAGCAGCCCGCGCCCACGGUCGCUGAGCCCCUAUUCACGAAUCCCCUGUCGGAGGAUCCUUCCGCUCCGGUCCAAUUCCAGCCCGGCGUCUCGACCUCCGUCUCGUUUCCCAAACGUCCCAGCCUCGGAAUCCGCCGUCAAUCGCUGCUAGCUGCUUCCAAUCAGCAGUGGAUCAGCUCGUUGCUCGAACCCGGCGCGUCGUCCGAGUCCGGUCCCCCAACGAGCAGCCAACGCGUCGCUGCUGCCGCCGCCAUGAUCCCUCGCAAGAUCUGGGUCAAACGGCCGGGGGGCUCGGCCACCUUGGUGCCCACCACGACAGAUGCCUUGGUGGACGAGGUCCGCGACCAAGUGAUCAUGAAAUAUGCCAACUCACUCGGCAAAACCUUCGACGCGCCUGAUAUCACCAUCCGCAUCGUGCCUCGCGAGGGCGCCAAUAAGCAGGCCACCCCCGAUCGCAUCCUGAGCCCCGAAGAAUCGCUGGUGACGGUGGUGGAUGCGUAUUACCCCGGCGGGCAAACGGUGGAGGAAGCCUUGGUCAUCGACAUGCCGCAGCGUCGGACCCCGAAACCGUCGCCCCGUCACAAUGUAUACUAUCACCAUUCCGAACCGGGCGAGCAUGGCGAAUAUUUCCCCCUCAUGCCCGUCAACGCCAGCGUUCCGACCCCUCCGACGCAUCCCAACAACUCUACCACCAGUGUGAACGCUCAUCAGGCACCGGCUAUAUCUAUUAUCAACACUGGAAAGGCCCCUCUGCUGCCGUCACCGGGCGGCCGUGGCACUCGCCAUGCGCGCCGGCCGCCGCUGACUCGGCAUACGACCAAUUCGCCCACGAUGCUUGGCUCGGCAACGGGUCCCAAAGAGGCCUCAGUUACGCCAUCCUCUCAGCCGGCCCCUCCGGUUCCCACACCACCUGGCCCUCCCCCUCCGGAGUCGCCUCAAAACAAGGUUCUUACGCCACCCGCACGGGUGGCCUCCCCUCGCCCUCGUCCUUCGAAGCCGAAAAAGAGCAACUCGCAGUCGUUGCGUGCCGCGUUUGGGGGUCUCAUCGAGGGAACGGUACCGCCUAUCAACGUGCUCAUCGUUGAGGACAACGUGAUCAAUCAGCGACUGUUGGAAGCAUUUAUGAAACGUCUUUCCGUGCGCUGGAAAUGCGCCGCGAACGGCCAGGAAGCUGUACAGAAAUGGCAACAAGGCGGGUUCCAUCUUGUUCUAAUGGAUAUCCAGUUGCCUGUCAUGAACGGGUUGGACGCGACCAAAGAGAUUCGGCGGCUGGAGCGAUUGAAUGGCGUUGGUGUUUUCCCCAAAAAGGAGUCGGGACGGUCGAGCGCCAACGCAACGUCUCCGGCAGAGCGGGACCCCAACAGGGCCGAUUCCUUGAAGGAAGAAGAUACGCUGCAGGAUCUUUCGCUUUUCAAAAGUCCCGUCAUCAUUGUCGCCUUGACGGCCAGCAGCUUGCAAAGUGAUCGUCACGAGGCGCUGGCCGCCGGCUGCAAUGACUUCUUGACCAAGCCUGUCCGAUUUGAAUGGCUGGAGCAAAAAGUCACCGAAUGGGGCUGCAUGCAAGCCCUAAUCGACUUCGAAGGUUGGCGCAAAUGGCGAGGCUUCGUGGACGAUACGCAGCGAUCACCUGUGUCCGACGGUCCUCGGAGUCCCAUGCAGAUCGGAACCGAGGGCGGAUCUAAACGAUCCUCGUCCGUUAUGCCUCCGACUCCAUCCCCGGCGCCUAGCAACUCCAAACAAAAUGGCACCGACAAUACUAAGCCGACCCCGACUGAUACCGAGCAAGACGAUUCUUCGGGGAAUGCCAGCACCGAGGUCCCGGAUUCCCCUGCCAGCCCACCAACGUCGGCAGGGCCAGUCGAUGAACCGACUGACAGUCCAGAGGUGUGA